AUGCCACCAUGUGGGCUAAACCGCACCUCCACAUCUGAAUUCAUCCUCGUCGGCUUCUCCACCUUCCCGCAGCAGCUCCUGCCCGUCUUCUUCCUGCUGUUCCUGCUGAUGUACCUGUUCACGCUGCUGGGCAACCUGCUCAUCAUGGCCACCGUCUGGAGCGAGCGCAGCCUCCACACGCCCAUGUACCUCUUCCUGUGCGCCCUGUCCAUCUCCGAGGUCCUGUACACUGUGGCCAUCAUCCCACGCAUGCUGGCCGACCUGCUGUCGGCCCACUGCUCCAUCACCCUCCCAGCCUGUGCCAGCCAGAUGUUCUCUUCCUUCACAUUUGGCUUCACCCACUCCUUCCUGCUCACCGUCAUGGGCUAUGACCGCUACGUGGCCAUCUGCCAACCCCUGCGCUACCACAUGCUCAUGAGCCCCCAUGGCUGUGCCUGCCUGGUGGGCUGGUCCUGGGCUGGUGGCUUCAUGGUGGGGAUGGUGGUGACCACGGCCAUUUUCCAACUCACCUUCUGUGGACCCAAUGAGAUCCAGCAUUUCUUCUGCCACGUGCCACCACUGUUGAAGUUGACCUGUGGAGAUGACGUACCUUGGGUGGCCAAGGGCGUGGGCUUGGUGUGCAUCACGGCUCUGCUAGGCUGCUUCCUCCUCAUCCUCCUCUCCUAUGCCUUCAUCGUGGCCACCAUCUUGAAGAUCCCAUCUGCCGAAGGUCGGCACAAGGCCUUCUCCACCUGUGCAUCCCACCUCACUGUGGUCAUUGUGCACUAUGGCUUUGCCUCUGUCAUCUACCUCAAGCCCAAGGGUCCCCACUCUCUGGAAGGGGACACCCUGAUGGGCACCACCUACACGGUCCUCACACCCUUCCUCAGCCCCAUCAUCUUCAGCCUCAGGAACAAGGAGCUGAAGAUGGCCCUGAAGAAGACCUUCCUCAGCAAAUUCUUUUUGAAGAACUCCUGA